GCCGGGGGCGGAGAAGCCCGGGGACCGGGAGCCCUGAGGGUGGCGGGCGGCUCCGCACCAUGUUCGGCUCCAGCCGGGGCGGCGUGCGCGGCGGGCAGGACCAGUUCAGCUGGGAGGAUGUGAAGACCGACAAGCAAAGGGAGAACUACCUGGGCAACUCGCUGAUGGCCCCGGUGGGCCGCUGGCAGAAGGGCCGCGACCUCACCUGGUACGCCAAGGGCCGGGCGGACGGCGCGGGGCUGAGCCGGGAGCAGGAGCUGGCUGCCGUGAGGCAGGCGGAGCAGGAGGCGCUCAUGGCGGCGCUAGGCUACAGGAACGUGAGGAAGCAGCCCACGGGCCUGAGUAAGGAGGACUUUGUCGAGGUCUGUAAGCGGGAAGGAGGUGACCCCGAGGAGAAGGGAGUGGACCGGCUCUUAGGCCUGGGAAGCUCCAGUGGCUCUGCAGGCCGAGUGGCACUGUCCCGAGAAGACAAGGAGGCUGCUAAGCUGGGGCUGUCCGUGUUCACGCACCACCGCGUGGAGAGCAGUGGGCCAGGGGCCUCCCCGGCCUCGGCCCGGAAGAAACCUCGAUCAGAGGAGAAGACGGAGCCGGGCCCCGAGAGCCACAGAAAGAGGAGGAAAGAGAAGAAGAAGAAGAAAAAGAAGGAAAAGAAGAAGCACAAGAAAGAGAAAAGGAGAAAAGAAGAGCAACGCAGAGCGGAGGCGGCCUCCUCGCCACCCCCAACUCCCACCCGGCCCCGGCACCGCAGGCAUGACUCCGACUCUUCCUCACCGUGCUGCAAGAGGCGGCGACGGCAAGACGGUGACUGAGGCCCAGCGGCUGGGGCCCUGCCCCACCACGCU